AUGGCCUCUGAGAACUCCAAAUUUGCCGCGCCCCACCUCUUCAACGUUGAGGGCUGGGUGACCGUAGUCACCGGUGGUGGUACCGGAAUCGGCCUCAUGAUUGCCCAAGCAUUCGCUAACAACGGUGCACGCGUAUACAUCACCGGUCGCCGCAAGGAGGUUCUCGAGACCGCUGCGAAGACGUGGGGCAAGUCCCUACUCCACCCUCGCGGUCAAAUCAUACCCAUCCAGGCCGACUGCACGGAUAAGGACUCGAUCCACAACCUCUUUAACGAAAUCUCCAAGAACGAGAAGCACGUCGACGUCCUGGUCAACAACGCUGGCAUCAGCAAAGGCACGAGCUCCGUCGAGAAGGGGGAUGAGACUGCCCAGGCACUGAAGGAACAGCUCUGGAACGAGAGCCUGUCUGACUGGGAGGAAGUCUACAGGACGAACGUCAUAGGGUACUUCUUCACCUCUGCGGCAUUCGUCCCUUUACUUUCGGCCGCACAACGGCAAGACCAUACGGGCACCGUCAUCAACAUCUCGUCGAUAUCGGGUAUCACCCGCACAACUCAGCACCACUUCAAGUACAACGUAUCGAAGGGGGGGACGAUCCAUCUCAGCACCCUACUCGCGCAGGAGUUCCGCCGUCCUGGUGUGAGGGUCCGCGUGAACAGCAUCGCCCCCGGUAUCUUCCCCAGCGAGAUGACCACGGGUGAUUCUGACGAGACGAACAAGUCGGGAAUGGAGGUUGGCCCCGACUAUGGAGAGACGAAGGGAAUCCCAGCUGGUCGUCCGGGGCGCGGCGAGGACAUGGCGCAACUGGCUUUGUUCCUGGCGUGCAACGAGUACGCAUAUGGUCAGACCGUUGCGGUUGACGGGGGAUACCUCCUCGAGCACCCGUAA